AAUCUACUUGACCCCAUAGCUGUUGCGUAGGUUGGAGAGUGAUCCACUGGAAACGCAGCCGCAUCAAACCGAAGUAAACAAUAAUUUUUAUUUACAUUUCGGUUAUGUUCCAAGGAUUGUUGUCGAUUGGAUAUCUCAGUGUCAGUUGGAAAAAAGAACAGUGAAACAAUGGAAUGAGCAGCCAGUGAUGCCUGAGUGUGUAUACCAUGUACUUAUGGGUGUAUUCAAGAUUGUAAGCGUGUAGCUAAAUCAGUGUCCGUAUCCGUUUUACAGAUCAGUUGACAGUGGUAUGUGAUUUUGAAUAACCACUAGAAGCAAGAAGCAGUGGUAGUAUUUAAAUAAACAUACAACAUCAUGUCGGGCCUCGCUUCAUUGACGGCACAGUACACGGACUCGGAGGGCGAAGAUGAUAGCCGCACACAACAGUCAGCGCUAAGUAGGGAAAUGGACCGAGUGCUUAGUGCCCCUCCGGUUGCUCAGUUGCGAGUACGUGAUGUUCACAAUCGCGUAGAGAUUACACCAAAUGGAUCAACAGGUCCACUGGUUGCGUACGAUGCACCUGAUUCAGAUGGCGAAAGAGAUGACGAUGACGAUGAUGAAGUUGGGGCACGUAGAGGAGGCGAAGAUGGAAAUUGCGGCGAUGAACCUAUUGAUAUGGAUAUCGACAGUCAAAGCAGUAGCCAGGCAUCUACGGGAUUCGAAAUAAAUUCAGCACCUAUUAGUCGGCCACGCUCCCCACGUUCUUUUCAUCGACAUCUCUGCGAGCAAAAUUUGUCUGAGUCUAUCAUCUUGCCCUCUGAACCUCCAGGGAAAUGUAGCGCACAUUUACAAUCUCUUAUUUCUGACUUCAUGGAUAAAGCCCGACGUGGAGCAAACCUAGUUGAAAACAUCCAGCGGAAAAAGGCCUUCCGCAAUCCUUCAAUUUACGAGAAAUUGAUUCUUCAUUGUGAUAUCGAUGAACUUGGUUCGAACUUCCCAUCGGAGGUAUUCAAUCCGCAUGGGUUUGCAAAGGAAAGUUACUACGAGGAGCUAAGCAAGAAACAAACUGAGGCAAUGAGCAAACUUGAAAAAGAACGUAAGAAGCCAGAAGUCGUAACACUGAUGGGCGUGGCACCAGCUCCGAAGAAAUCUAAAUGGGAUCAGACAGGCUCUGGUACGUCCAGCGCCAGUGCACCAAGAACAGCUCCCGGCCUUGUAUCUGUUCCCACCGGUACGAAACCGGUUGUGAUCCACGGUAUGGGUUCACUGCCAAAACCAAAGAACCCCGUUACGCACGUUGGGACAUCGGUGGCCAGCAGAAGAUAAAAAAAGGCGUUCCUCGUUUAAAGCACACUCAUAUAUCACCCUAAAGGAAACAAGGCGACUGAUUGAUGCAACACAAAUUCAUUCGCAACGGGAAAACGAAUAGACACCGAGGGACGAAGAUAUUAUUACAGAAUAUUAUGUAAUUUGAACGCGACCGUUCAGAUCGUGUUCAGCUAUUUUUGUGUUUUCUGUCAACCUAUUGGUUUGUAGACUUGAGAUUAAAUUUUUCGUCGAUCACGCCGUGUAUUUGCAAUUGAAUUCGGUAGUUGGGUGUGCUUUGUCAAAGAACCUUGUAAAUGUAUAUUGACAGAAAGGAAUGCGCGUAAAAUAAAGUGU